AUGGCAGACAACACAAAGCUCAUACUUCCAUCGAUACUUCUUCUAUUCGUGGUAUAUGUGGUGAUAUAUGAGGUCAUCUGCUGGCGUCGACUGCUACCUGGCUUCCCCCUACCGCCAGCAUUACCGCUGAUUGGCAACCUGCACCAGCUUCAAUCCAAUGCAGCAGAACAGCACCGUAAAUGGGCUCGAAAAUAUGGACCCGUGUUCCAAGUCCGAAUGGGCAAUCUUCCUGUCCUUGUCAUCAACAGUGCUGCCACUGCCAAAAUCGUUUUUAGCCACAAUUCACAGGCGACGGCGUCCCGGCCAGAGCUGUACACGUUUCACAAACUUGUGUCAAAUACUGCUGGCACCACCAUUGGGUCCGCCCCGUACAACGAAUCUCUCAUUCGCCGACGAAAAGGGGCAUCAUCAGCUUUGAAUCGACCUGCUGUGGAGACAUAUGUGCCCCAUCUAGACCUCGAAACUAAAGACUUUAUCAAAGAUAUAUUAGAAUUUGGAGAAUCUGGCCACAGACUAGUGAAUCCUGUGCCUCUAGUCCAAAGACUCAGUCUUUCGCUCUCCUUGACCCUGAACUGGGGUACACGAAUCACAAGCCAUAAGGAUGGACUGUUCCAGGAGAUUACUCAUGUCGAGGAAGAAAUCAAUCGCUUUCGCAGCACCACUGAUAACUUGCAAGAUUACAUCCCUCUACUACGUCUCGUUCCCUUCUCAUUCAGAAACAAGGCUGUAGAGUACCGGCAGCGGCGGGACCGCUACCUACACAAGCUCAAUCGAGAGCUCGAUGACCGGAUCAGGAACGGUACCCAUGAGCCUUGCAUCCAAGCCAACGUUAUUCUAGACAAGGAGACUAAGCUGGAUAACAUCGAGCUCACGUCUAUCAGCUUGACGAUGCUCUCAGGCGGCUUUGAGACAUUCUCUGCUGUGGCGACCUGGGCUAUUGGGUUGCUGGCCACGAGGCUGGAUAUUCAGCAGAAAGCAUAUGAUGAAAUCCGUGGCAUUUAUGCAGCUGAAAACCCUCUCUGUGAUGCUAAGGACGACCAGAAGUGUAAAUAUAUCGUCGCCCUAGUGCGCGAGAGCCUCAGAUACUUCACUGUCCUCCGCCUUUCGCUUCCACGUGUAACAAAUAAGGAAUUCACUUACGACGGAAAUUUGAUCCCAGUCGGUACGAUGGUAUUUUUGAAUUCAUGGGCUUGCAACAUGGAUCCUGACCUAUGGAUCGACCCGGAAGUCUUCAGACCAGAGAGAUGGUUCGAACAACCCAGCCAACCCAUCUUCACGUUCGGAGUAGGUUACCGCAUGUGUGCCGGCUCACUGCUAGCGUAUCGAGAACUGUACCUUACAUUCCUGCGCAUGUUAGCGUCGUUUGAAAUACAGAGCGAUGGCCCAAUUAAUGUUGACCCGUUGCGAGGAGUCAAUGAACUGACGAGUCUGGUCAGUGUACCGAAGAAGUACCAUGUGCGAUUUGUUCCGAGAAAUGAGAGGAUCCUCGUUGCCGCGUUGGAAGCGGCGAGUUUUUGA